AUGCAAUCCUACUUUUAUAAUUGCGUAACUGCUCCGAACGGGCGUUGGUCUCGGAACACAGGGAUAGGAAGUCUAAGAAUUGCUGCCGAUCAGUACUUGCCAUAUGUUCGAGUCAGUGAAACUGAGGACACCGUACAACUGUGUGGACCAAUGGCUAACCUGCUGGAUAUGCUGUCUACAUACGUACCCUUUCGAUAUGCGAUCUAUAUUCCUUCUGAUCAUAAGUGGGGAAUACGUUCGGAAAAUGGAACAUGGAAUGGUAUGGUAGGGAUGCUUCAACGUGAGGAAGUUGACCUAGCACUCGGUCCUUUUACCGUUACAUACGAGCGGAAUGAAAUCAUUACCUUCAGCUAUCCCUUGCUGAUGGAUUCGGUUGUUAUCCUUACAAACAGAUUUGAAGAAAGGCAUCCAGUUUUUCAAUAUUUUUUAGCCCUAGACUGGCAGGUAUGGAUGGCGCUUUUUAUUGCCCUGCUAAUAGUAGCUAUUAUUGACGCCAUCUUGAAUGUCUUCACGAAACAAUCAAAAUCGUUUUACACCCAACUAGCAAACUCUAUAUGGAAUUUUGUAACGUGUCUUCUUCAACAAGGGCCAGAGUCAACUCCACGAAAGAUGUGGAACAGGUUUUUAUUCGGUGCCUGGUGGCUGGUAGUUAUGGUGGUGUUUUCAGCUUUUGGAGGGCAGCUGAGGGCUUUGUUGUUAUUUAAGAGCUCCAAUCUUUUAAUUGACAACCUGGAAGAGUUGGUAGAGACCCCUGAUCUACAGCCACUGAUUCUGGACGGAGGAUCUUUUCAUGACGUUCUACAGAGAAGCAGCGAGGGUACUUUGACUAGGAGAUUGUUGAUAAGGAUUGAACAAGGCCAUGGUCUUCUGACCCAUUCCCAACUGCUCUCAGAUUCGGUCUUGGACUCAGUUGAGAGAGGAAGCCACGCUGUUAUGACGAACUUAGAUGCCAUUCGUUCUAGUUUAUCACAAAGAGCCUCUACGAAAAACAGUUGCAAGGCCUAUAUUGUUGAUGAGAUAAUUUUUAACCAAGCUUACGCAGUCGCAUUUUCAAAAAAGCUGAAUAGAACACUUGUGGAGAAAUUCAACAAACUAAUAUCGUUAGUAGUAGGGAACGGUCUUUUGGAAAAGUGGAUUGAAGAAAUGGUCUUGAAUUACAAGUACUGUCUGAAUCCAGAAGAUGGCGACGUGAAACCACUUAAAUUGAAAGAUCUUGCAGGAGUCAUCUUAUUCCUCUUUGGUGGCUAUUUGGUGUCGGCAUUGGAAGCAGAUAUAGCAAUAGGCCCGUUCAUACCAACCUACGAUCGGCACGAGAUUUCAGAGUUCUCUACCCCACUCUAUAUGGCGUCCCUGGCCAUAUUAACUGGGCAGCUUUCUACAAUUAAUGAUUACUUCGCAUUUUUUAGAGUCUUUGAGCGUCAGUUUAGUAAUCAGGAACUCUAUCAGGACUUGUGGAAAAGAAUGAAAUUGAUCCCGAACCAGAAAGAGGUGGUCGAUGAGGUACUGAACGAUGUCCAGUCAGGCACCCAUGUUUUGAUUACAGACAUAUCUUCUAUUGUUGGUAUUGUGAUACAACGUUACAAUGAGGCUCCGGAUGAAACGUGUACUUUUCGAAUUGCAACGAAGACGUUUUACAAUAUGCCGUACGUCCUCUGUCUCUCAAGAAACCUGAACAAAGAUUUAAGCAAAGCAUUACAAAAACAGUAG